GUUUUGGGGGAACAGGCUCCAUUGAAAACAAAUUUGCAGAGUAAGAAGCUCCAUGCCGCGGCUGAAGCCGGGAGCACGAGCACGCUCCUCCUCAGCUUCCUCGAGGUUGAAGAGACCUCGCCUGGCGAGUUCGAGCUCCGUGCCAGUGCCAGGCGAUGAGAGCGCCAAGAAAGAAAAAUCCGUGGAGGAGAUGAUCGAAGAUGAAGACUUGGAGGACACGGACGAGGACAGCGACCACGGCCUCGUGGACGACGGGUCCUCGGACGACUCGGAGGACGAUGCCCCACGGAACCGGAUUGGCAAUGUACCUUUGGAAUGGUACAAAGACGAAGAUCAUGUCGGUUACGAUAUCGCUGGAGAGAAGAUCAUGAGGACGCUCUCCACCAGUGAAAUCAAUGCGCUCUUGGAGAGCAAGGACAACCCCGAUGCCUGGCGCACGAUCAAAGAUCAUAAGAACCAGCGUGAGGUGGUCUUGACGGAGACCGAUUUGGAGGUGAUCCGAAGGAUUCGUGAGAGGAUGUAUCCCAGCCUCGCGACGGAUACCACGGAGAUGGUGGAGUUCGAGAACCCCGAGGCACGCAUCCACCCGGAGGGCAAAGCGCAUCCUCCGAAGUCCCGGUUCUUGCCGUCGAAGUGGGAGCGCAUGAAGGUCAAGCGCUUGGUGUCGUUGCUGCGCCAAGGAAAGAUCAGGCCGCCACCGCCACCGGCGCCCGAGGUGUGGGAUUUGUGGGCCGAUGAGGCACAACUCCGGCGGAAGGCACCCACGGCCCUGCCAGCACCAAAGAUGGCAUUGCCCGGGCAUGCGGAGUCCUACAACCCGCCCUCCGAGUACCUCUUCACAGAGGAGGAGAAGAAAGAAUGGGAAGAGACUUUUGAAGAGGACCGCACCCUCAACCACCUUCCCCAGAAGUUCGAGAGCUUGCGACAUGUGCCGGGCUACAAGGAUUUCACCUUAGAGCGCUUCAAGAGGUGCUUGGACCUGUACUUGGUACCCAGAGCCUUGAAACAGCGCAUGAACGUGGAUCCAGAAAGCCUCCUGCCCAAGUUGCCCAACCCCAAGGACUUGCGGCCCUUUCCCACCCACAUCGCAGUGAGCUAUGAGGGUCAUGAGGGCAUGAUCCGCUCCGUUGCGGUCGAGGCCACCGGCCGCUACUUGGCGACGGCCUCGUCGGACGAGACGCUGAGGAUCUGGGAGGUGGCCACUGGGCGCCCGGUUCGCAGCAUCAAGUUCAGCAGUGCAGUCACUGCUGUGGCGUGGAAUCCCCAGCAUUUGAUGCUGAGCGUUUCAGCGGAGGAGAACGUCUUCUUCCUGGACCCUCAGUUGGAGAUCCAGGCAGCUCCUGACGGCGAGGCACCGGUGGCUGUGUCAUCCCUGCUGGAGUUCAAGGAGGCGAAUGUGGCGAAACCUGAGGGAGAGGAAGUUGAGGAGCCAACGGCGGCCAAAGCGAAAGCCGUCCACUGGCGUGCCGUGCAGCCCGAUUCGCCUCAGCACGCCGCGGGCUGCAGGCUUUCCAUCGCCACGGACGGAGAUGUGCAGCUCUUGGUGUGGCACCACAAGGGGAACUACUGCGCAGCGGUGAGCCCCAAGGCGCGAGCGACCUCGAACCAGUGCAUCAUCCAUGCAUUGAACCAGCAAAAGUCGAUGCGACCCUUUGCCCGACUGCGGGGUGGACAGCAGGUGCAAAGCUGUGCUUUCCAUCCCAGCAAGCCUCAUUUUCUGGUGGCAACGAUGCGCAGCGUGCGGAUUUAUGAUCUGCAGAAACAGGCGCAAGUGAAACAGCUCAUCAGUGGUGCUAAGUGGAUCUCUUCAGUGACAGUGCACCCCACAGGUGACCAUGUCGUGGUGGGCUCCUAUGAUCGGCGGGUGGUGUGGUGGGAUCUGGAUUUUGCGUCAAAGCCAUAUAAGACACUGCAGUAUCAUGACAAGGCGGUGCGGUGUGCGACGUUUCAUCCGGGCAAGUUCCCGCUGCUGGCCGCUUGCUCGGACGAUGCCACCGUCAGCAUCCUACAUGCCAAGGUCUUCUCAGACCUGAUGCAGAGCCCGAUGAUUGUGCCGGUGAAGCGCCUCCGGGAUCACAUGGUGAAUCAGGGCUUUGGCGUCUUGUCCUGUGCAUGGCACCCGCAUCAGCCCUGGCUUUUCACCGCCGGCGCGGACGGCCGCGCCUAUUUGUGGGCCUAAGAGGGAUUGGUGGGCGCAGAAGUA